UCUUUGAAAUCUUUGCAGACAGCAUUUAGAGGAAGGGGGCUAGUUCCCAAUAUGGGUAAGAGAUCCAAUUAUAAAUUAAGAUUAUCUCUUGAUUAGGCCUAGGGUUUUGAGAACCCUAGCUAGAAGAGUCAAUGAGUUUUUUUGGAGGGUCAUCAUGUGGAUGCGGAUUACACAUAUAAAAAAAAAACAUUAUUUAUGUAAAAAAAUCAGAAAAAAAAAAGGAAUAAAAGACAUAAUAGAACCCAACCCAUGAAACCCCAUGAAUAAUUAUAUAUAGACAUUAAGGUUGUUGAAAGAUUAGAAGGAAGGGGAAUAUUUGGGAGAGUAUGAAAAGGAAUUAUUAGAAGAAGGUAAUGUUGAAAAAAUAAAAUUAGGGUUUACGAUGCGUACACAUGAAUGCAAACAAAACACCCUUUGUGGGUCUAUCUCUCUCUAACACCAAGGUCAAUGGGUCUAUGCACAUAUAUAAAUAAUAACAUUUUAUUUUUCUUUUGUGUAAUACAUUCUCAUCUCAAUAUCUCCUGAGAUUGAGAACUUGAAAAAAAAAUUUAAAAAAAAAACAAGGAAAAAGAAGCAAUAUCUUCUAUUUUAAUAUAUGAAUACAUACAUGUACAUGUACUUUAUAAAGGGCUACACUGCCUUUUUUAAGCAUAGAAAUGGUACCUAAUUGUUUAUUCAUAUCUCAAGAAUACUUGUAAAAUAAAUAAUAGGGACAGAGAGAGAGAGAGAGAGAGAGAGAGAGAGAGAGAGAGAGAGAGAGAGAGUGGGGGAUAAAGAAUCAAAGAGAAGAGAGUCUUUCUCUGUCAAACUUAUUACAACCCGUCCUCUCCGGGGAAAUAAAAAAAAUUAAAAACCAAAUGCUAUAUUCUAAAAGAGUGAGAGAGUAGCGAGUGACCAUAUUUAUUUUGUUUAUUUUUAAAUGAGAUUUUAUUAUAUAGAAAUUUAAUUUAAUUUUGUGUUGUUUUUAUUUGAAAGUUUUGACUAGAGAGAGAGACAUUGUGUUGUUCUUUCUUCUUCUUCUAGUGUCAUUUUCCAAGAUAUACUCUCGAGGUGCACCACACCCAAAUCCUUCUCUCUCUCUCUCUCUCUCUCUCUCUCUCUCCCCUUUUCCUUUCUAUGCACUUUCUGGAUUUUUUUUUUUGAAAGUUCUGAUAUAAUGUAAUCCUUUUUUUUUUUAUAAACUUCUUGACAACACACAUGCCCUCUCUUUUCUUCUUAAAUCUCUCUCUCUCUCUCUCUUUCUUUAUCCACCUUUCACUCACUCACUCACUCACUCACUCUCUCUUUCUUUCUUUCUUUCUUGAAGCAUGUUUGUUUGUUGAAGGUUUUAUUGAGUCUUUAAGCUCUUUUGCCUCCUCAUCAUCAACAUCACCUCUUCUUGCCUUUAGCCUCUCUUCUCUUGUUCUUCUUUCUUUAUUCUUACUUUUCUUUUCUUUUUUCUUUUUGGUUUUUUGGGGUGGGAGGAGGAGGAGGAGGGGGGGUUACAUCUUUAGUUUCUUUUAAAGCGCAAAUCAAGAACUUCUUUCAAAGCUUUAGUUUCUUUUAAUUAAAGAACAAAUCAAGGUUGGGAGAGAAAAAGAUUAAUUCAACACUUUUUCUCAUUCUCUUGCUACCAACAAGUUAGAUUAGCCAAGAAAAGGGAAAAGAGAAAAAAGAGAGAUACUAGAGCUAUUUGAUAAAGAAACCAAGUUUCUUUUUUUCUUUAAAAAAAUGCCCUUGGAAGGGGUUUUUAUUGAACCCUCUUCAAACCCAGUUCCUGAUCUUUCUUUACAUAUUAGUCCUCCUAACACAUCAUCUUCUUCUGUUUGCAACAAUAGCAUCAUCAACAACAAAUCAACAACAGAUACAACAGGCUUCAAUCUUUUGAGCAGACAAGAAGGCAUCCAUAAUCUUAAAUCCAACUCCAUGAGAAUAGAUUCUCAAGCUUAUACUGAGCUCUCCUUGGCACACCCAGCAACAACAAAUGUUGUUGAUGAUGAAACAAGAAUCAGAAGGAACUUUACAGCAUCUUCUACAGCAACUGCUCAAGAACCACCACACAACCCUUAUCAACAACAAAGUCAUAACCAUCUUCAUCAACAUCAUCAUAAUACUCAUCACUUAAAUCACCUAAAUCAUGGGGUUUCUUUGCUUGAUGUAUCAGAUGGUUUGAGGCCAAUAAAAGGGAUUCCAGUGUAUCACAACCGUUCAUUUCCAUUUAUGUCAUCAUCGGAACAACAACAACAACUACAAUCAUCAAGAGAGAAUAGUAAUAAUAACAUCAGUAGAGAUCCAAAGAUGUGUUUCUACCAAAUGCCUUAUCAUCCUUCUUCUUCUUCUUCUUCUUUAUGUUCACCUUCUGUUUCUCACACUUCUUCUCCUUAUUACAUUGGAGAUCCCAUGUCUAUGCUUAACUCAUCAUCAGGAGUGCCUAAUAAUCAUCAUCAGUCUCUUCCUUCAUAUAAUCGGUUAGCAGCGACUGCAAGGUUUAAUGGGCUAUCAAUGGAUGCUUUCAAAUCACACCACCAACUGCACCACCACCACCACCAGUAUGGAGUUGGAUCCGGUGAAGCUUCUCACGGUUUGAUUAGAUCAAGAUUCUUGCCUAAACUCCCAACAAAAAGAAGCAUGAGAGCACCAAGAAUGCGAUGGACUAGUACUCUUCAUGCUCGAUUUGUUCAUGCUGUUGAGCUUCUUGGUGGUCAUGAAAGAGCUACUCCAAAGUCAGUUCUUGAGCUUAUGGAUGUCAAAGAUCUUACAUUAGCUCAUGUGAAGAGCCAUUUACAGAUGUAUAGAACUGUUAAGACUACUGACAAGCCUGCAGCCUCUUCAGGGCAAUCAGAUGGAUCUGGAGAAGAAGACAUUUCGACAAUGGGCAGUGGAAAUGACCGUGGCAGCGGCGGCUUAAGGCGGUUUUCCGAUCAAAGAGGAGCUUCAGACGGAUCAGUGCAACAAGAAAUGAGUUACCCUUCUACUGCUACUACUCUUUGGAGUAAUUCUUCAAGCAGUAGAGAAGCAUGGCCACAAACAAAUUCCAAUGACCCAGAUGGGAUCAGAGAAGCUACCGUCCAGUCACAGCAAAGAUCUGGACACCCAGUUCAGGAGUGCAAUUCAAAUCGGAUGAAAGGGUACUUAGGGUCUAAUUUGGAUUGCAAGAAUCCAAGCUUGGAGUUCACAUUAGGCAGACCAGACUGGCAAGGAAAUGAACAUUAACAGAUGAUAAUUUUACUAUACUCUUUGUUGUCCAGUUCUUCUGAUUGAAAUUCCUUGACAAUUUUCACUAGUCUUGAUGAUCAAUGAGAAGUCAUAUAUAUAGAUAUAUCAAAGGAUUGUUGACAAGCAGGAAGGUGAUGAUGAAGAGGUGGGUUUUUCUAGUUCUGUGCAUUUUAAGUCCUGUUUUUGAUUGAAAACAUGUGUUUUGGAAAAGGGUUUUUUUGCAAGUGGCUGCCCAGUGCUACACUUUUUCAUGGGAGAUUGUAAAUCCAGGAAAAUGAAGCAUCUUUCUCAGUAAAAUUUGAGCAAAAUCUUAAUUC